GAAGCCCUCACUCGACCCACCGCGCCCUGGGCGCACGGCGGGGUCCCCGGUGACCGCAGCGACCAGCAAUCCGCGGAUGCGCAACGCGUGCCACAAGCUGUCCCCGCACAGCGGCUGCCGGGCCGUCGGGGCGCUCGGGCCCCGGGAGCACCAGGCUGCCCAGAUGCGGGCGCCACUCUGCCUGCUACUGCUCGUCGCCCACGCGGUGGACAUGCUCGCCCUGCACCGGAGGAAGAAGCAAGCAGGCACUGGUCUGGGGGGCAAUUGCACGGGCUGUGUCAUAUGUUCGGAGGAGAACGGCUGUUCCACCUGCCAGCAGAGGCUCUUCCUGUUCAUCCGCCGGGAAGGGAUCCGUCAGUACGGCAAGUGUGUGCACGACUGUCCCCUCGGCUUCUUCGGAAUCCGUGGCCAGGAGGCCAACAGGUGCAAGAAAUGUGGGGCCACGUGCGACAGCUGUUUCAGCCAGGACUUCUGCAUCCGGUGCAAAAGGCGUUUUCAUCUAUACAAAGGGAAGUGCCUGCCCACCUGUCCACCAGGCACCUUGACUCACCAGAGUACCCGGGAGUGCCAGGAAGAGUGUGAGCCAAGCCCAUGGGGCAGCUGGAGUCCCUGCAUACACAAUGGAAAGACUUGUGGUUCAGGCUGGGGCCUGGAGACCCGGGUGCGGGAAGCUGGCCCAGCUAAGCAGGAGGAGACGGCAAGCUGCCAAGUGUUAUCUGAGUCCAGGAAAUGUCCUAUAAAGAGGCCCUGCCCAGGAGAGAGAAAACCCAGGCAGAAGAGCCGGAAGGAUCGACGCCAGCGCAAGGACAGGAAGUUGGAGCGCAGGCCGCAGCAGCCAGGCUCACAAUGACCGGCUCCAGCUCCAUCAUCUGGCCUCUGCCCUUGGCUCCCUGCCCUUCCCUUCUCCCCCUGCUCCGCUCUUUCCCACAUCCUCCCUCUUUCUGUCUUACCUUCCUGUCUGUCUGCUGCACUUUAUCUCCUUUUUCUUCUCUCCCCUCACCCCCCUCUUUACGUUCUGGUUUCUUCUUUGGACCUUUCCCUCUCUCUCCGUGCACCUUUUGUUUUUCAUUUCCUCCUGCCUUACUUUCCGUUCUUCACGCUCCACCCCCACCCCACACACGGACACACGUAAGAGACUGUGCCUGUGUUCUCCAUGUGGCUCUCGACACCUCAAAGCAAACGUGUUUCUUCCAGAUCUUUCUGUGACUCUACCCUGACCCCCACCUUUGCAGAGUUACAAUUUAGGAGGAAUAGGGAUGGGUGCAACUUGACUGGUCCUGGGAGCCCAGCUUCGAGCCAGAGAGACCCUGCAACCCGAGGUGUGAGCCCUUCACCAGGCCCAGUCCCUCACGGCCAUUUCUGCAGCACCCAGCCAUGGCCUCUGCAAUGAGGCUACCGGGGUUGGGUUCCAGGAUCUCCCUUGCGCCCCUUGUCCAGGAUGGUGGUGUAGGAGUCACUAGGGGCUCUUUGGCUAGACAGUGGCCUCAGGCCCACCGGCGCAUCCUUUUGGAAAUACCUGCAACACACCCUCAGUGCCCCCUCUGGUCUCCCUCCCAUAGUGCCCGUGACCUUUCCCCCAGCUGACCACCCUCCCAAGGCCUUGGGGGACCCAUGCACAGAAUCAAGUGGGACAUUUAUUCCUGAGGGAAUAAGUCUCUCAUCUCAAAGGCUAUUGAAGUUAAAUGGAACUUAGAGCUGUUCCCACCCACUCUGUUCACCACCCUCCUACCUGCCUGCCCAUCAUACCCACAGAGAAACCGACAGCUAAGGAAGCGACGGGCUGACAUCCCCCAGCCUUCGCUCAGCACAUGGUGUCUGUGAAGAAGCCUGAGGGCGUUUGGGGAAGCAGUAGGGAAAAUUGCCGGGUCAGCAGUUGGGAUGGCUUCCCACUUACCCACCUCCUAUGUGGACAUCCUGAGGAUCGUCUACUGGGAUUCCUCCAACUCCAGGCAGGAAGGACAGUGGGAGGAGCCUUCAAGUAGGUCAAACUAAUUGGCAAGUCUGUCCUUACCCCUGCCAUUGGCCUAGGAGCUGCCACCGCUGCUGGGGAGGAGUUUGGGCAGCAGAGCUCAAGGACAGCUGGAGAAGGAUGCGGUACAGGCAAGAGAGACUCUCGUAUGAUGUCAUGUCUCACACACACACACACACACACACACACACGCAGGCAGGAACCCUCACACCCACCCUACACUUGGCAGGUGAGGGUCCUCAGCACACUCCUGAUCCCGUAGCUGUGUUCCUCCAUGGUGUCCCACUGAGAACAGCCAGAUCCCCUGCUGGCCAGGCCAGGCUCCCCACUUCUCUGUAGAAGUUCACACCCCUGAAAUGCUUUCUUGUUUUGAGACCCCCCCCCCGCGCUAUUUUUUAAAGAAAGAGAAAAAGAAAGAGACUCAUGAGAGCUUCUUGGGCAUCAGAUAGGGUUCGAACUACCAUGUCCAGAAGUUCACAGUAGCAAAUUCUAAACUCCCUGGGGCAGCUUCCACCAGAGUGUUCAGGUUGAGAGGGGGCCAAGGUUCAUGGGGAUUGACGGGACAGAGUGCUUCCAGACCCUCUUAAGAAGGGGGCUCAGGGGCUCUGUCAUUAAAAUGCUUGCCUUGCUACAGUAGUACCCGAGUGUGACCCCCCAGCACACACAUGUAAAAAGCCAGGCAUAGUGGCAUGCCCUUGUGGUCUCAUGGCACCAGGGAGGCAGAGACAUGCAGAUGCCUGGGGCUGUUGGCCAGUCAGCCUGCCCCAAGAGGCAAGCUCCAGGUCAGUAAGGAACCUUGUCUCCAAAACUGUAGCCAGCACCUGACAGACAACACCUGAGGUUAUCCUCUGGCCUCUACACACUUGUACACAACAGGCAUACAUAUGUGAGCACGUGUGAGCGCGCGCACACGCACGCGCGCGCGCGCACACACACACACACACACACACACACACACAGAGAGAGAGAGAGAGAGAGAGAGAGAGAGAGAGAGAGAGAUCACUUGAGCUUCAGCCGGAGGUAAAAGAUGACAUAUCCUAGCAAAGCCUCAGCAUCAUGAAUUAGUUACAGCCCAGGUCCACACUUGUGCUCUGUUUGACUUCUUAGAAACCCAGAGCCACCAGAAAGAGCACGGUCUCACUGAGUCAUGGCUAUGACCUGGACUCCUGGUAACCUGGUGUAAGCUCAGCCUGUGAGCGGUUGACUGUGAGUCUGGGCCAAGCCAUAUGUCCUUUUGGGGAUUGCACUGCUCCUUUUGAUGAACGAAGAGGAGGCAAGGCUGGACUCGCCCCAUCGCCUGUAUCUGGAAGGUCCAGCCACGUGCUGGGCUAUAAGGGGUUUUUUAAACUUCAGAUUUCGGGGUCCCAACCCAGACCUAUACAUUAUGAACAAUCUGAGAAGCAAUUGAGACAAGUGAACUUACUCGAGGCUGAGUUGAAGGGAAGGGCACGCUGAGUUCAGGGUCUGGAUUGAGGGCCAUAGCUCCAGCUCUGACCCCACACAGCUCAAAGGUCUGAGUGUGUGGAUAGAUUGGAGACUGAGAUAUGUUCUGUCUGGAGUUCUCAAGCCCUGGGCCACUGGAGGCUCUAAAUUCCACAGCUGUUCCAGGACCUGUUCUCUGGUCUGCCAUUAUCUAGCCGUGUUCUUUCCCCUAUGAGGUGGGGGACCUGAUAUUCUGCCCCUAACUGAGAGCUCUGGGUAUUUUUUAAAUAUUGUUUUAAUGUUUCAAGGUUUAAAUGAUUCUCCCAGGGCCCCCACUGUAACCUAGGGCUUCUGCCAACUACUACACUUUUGUGGUCCAUUUCUCCCACCUUCCUGGUAAAGGAAGCUCCAUGUCAUCAAGAACUCAUCUGAACGCUUCUUGUAGGCAAAGCUGGGAAAGUUCAGAAAUGCCCCAUUUCUGGAGUCAUGGAGAAGGCCAGUGAGGUUGUUUGGCCCCUCAGUGAUGUUCUAGUGGCAGAGAUGACACUUUGCCCCUCCUACCCUUUGCCAUUCCUGCUGGACUGAACCAGGUCUGAUGUACCUACUCUGUCCCCGUCUCCACCAGACGGGUCACCAUGGGCUGCCUGUUAUUCCCAAAUACAGCCACUAGAGGGUGUGACUCAAUCAGGAACUGCCAGCCUGUUUGCUGCCCACUCUGAGCUUGGGGGCAUAUUGCUGUCCUGGAGGACAGGGAGAGACUGCCUCCCACCUCAACUGACCAGUGACUUCAGUGGAAUGGCCUUCACAGCAGCACACAAUGUCUAGAGUCCAGACCCCGGCCCCAGGCCACUCCAAGAACAGAACAGAAGCCUGACUCCAAAGACACCAGCCAACAUUCCAGGAGAGCCGUACUGACUGACAUCUGCAGACACCAGCCCCAGGCGACCGUGAACAUCCCAAGUAGUUUUAAGAAAAUUUCAUUCAUCCCGUGGAACCCUUCUGACUUGGAAAUGUGCAUUCUAACAAUAAAUAUGAUAGUGAUG